UCAGGGGAAGCUGCCUUUGGACGCCGUCUUUGAAGAGUUCUCUGGAAGUUGGAGGGGCGGGGCGAGCAGCGCUCUCCUGUCCUACCGGAGUCCCGCGCGGGAGUGUAAGGAAGAACUCGGCCUGCAGUCCCAGACCCAGUGCUGUCCAGCUGCUGUCCCGCUCCUGAGCAGGGGUGGGCACAGGGUGCUGCCCACGGGGGUCGGCAGGGCGCAGGCGCCGGGAUAGCAGAACGCGGGGACAGGAUGGAGGGGCUGGUUCUGCUCAAGGCCCUGGUCACCAGGCUGCUGUUCGUUCUGCACUCUCUGGUUGCGGUCUGGCGAGUGACCUGGGUGAAGAAAGAGCAGCGUUACUGGCUGCUGGCCCUGCUUAACCUCUUGCUGGUCCUGGAGACCGUGCUCACGCUCAAGUUCAAGCGCGGCAGAGGCUACAAAUGGCUUUCUCCAGCCAUCUUUUUAUACCUGAUCAACAUCAUGCCGUCCUUGUGGCUCCUUGAAAUGCACCACGGAAACCAGUAUUGCAGCACCCCGUCUGAGGAGCUGGCACAGAACUUCAGCAGAAGAGGAGAUGUCAAUCAAACCCUGGUGUCCCACAAACACACCAAUGAAAUGGAAAAGAUCUUGGAGAUGGCCUUGGUGCUUGUAGAAAACUUAUCCAUGGUCUGCGAACCAGUCUGGACCCUAGGACUCCAUCAAACACUGCUGUUAAUAUUGAUCAUUGGACGGUGGCUUCUGCCCAUUGGAGGCACCAUUACUCGAGACCAACUCUCAGAACUUCUUCUGAUGUUUGUGGGGACAGCAGCAGACAUACUGGAAUUCACCACUGAGACUCUGAAGGAAAAUAAUGUCAGGAAUAACACUAUACUGGUCUCUGGCAUCCUUGUGGUAUGGACCUGGAGUAUGCUGCAGUUUCCCCUGGACCUGGCAGUCCAGUUGAAACUGGUCUGCCCCUCCUCUGUGAAAGCCAGGGGCUUCCUCAGGCUGUUCCUGUGCCAGUACAGUGCGGAUCUAUGGGCCAUUGGCCUGAGCUUCUUCAUCCAAGAUGGCCCCUUCCUCGUUGUGCGCCUUGUCCUGAUGAUCUAUUUCAAAGUCAUCAACCACAUGCUGGUGUUCUUUGCUGUGAAGAAUUCCCUGGUGAUGGCACUGCACUUCUACCGGCUGGUGGCGUUGAUCAUGGCCACCCGUGCUUCCAUGCAAGGUCGUCCAGAAAGCCUCCAGACAGGGCACAGUGGCCCAGACCAACCCUCUGAGAGUGGGCCCAGUGAGUUCGAGGACACUACCAGAGAGGCCUUGCCUCUGCAAGCCUCACCUGUCACCUCUGAAGAGUCCUACCCCAUACCUUAGUUAUUUGUUCCCAGCAUGCAAUGCAGCCGGGAGGCUCAACUCCUCUUCUUAUAGACUAAUUCUCUUUUUACCCCCAUGCCCCUGCCCACACCCAUUUUUUUUUUUUACAUACAACAAUUUUUAAAGAAACAACAUGAAAAGAUGAUCCUGUAUCAAAGCCAACGUGCUCUUUGUUUUUUCAUCUACAUGGAAGAAACUUGGACAGGUGACUGUCGUUACAACCUCCUGUGAUGAUAGUGGACAUUACCCCCACACUAAGAACCACUGCAAGUGAUUGGUACUGCGGGACUGUUUGGAAAGUGGUAGACAGGGGUGUCAUAGCACACCCUCCAAAGAUUUAGUUAGGGCUGACAAUUACCAUCCCCACUACCAACCCUCUAGGGUGAGCUGGUUAUACAGAAACCUUUAACUGUGGCUGGACUGUCAGAUUCUCUCAUCUGAUCUUCUCUGCAUUGAAAAAAAUGUAUUUUCAAUGAACACAGAACAAAUGAGGGAGAAACAUGUUUAAACUCAACUUGCCAUGGGAUGGAAGCUGGGAACAGGUGCCGUUCAGCUUCUUCAGUGCAGAAAAUAACCGUGGUGGCUGCAUAGGUCCUCCAAGGAAUCUCCUUCCUCUGGACCAAGGUGGUAUUCAGCCAUGGUACCUUUGUUCUUAGAGAAGAGUGACAGCUUUGGGCUUGGGUAGCACAAGGUUGGCAGCAGGCCAUUUCAGUUUGAAUACCAAGUGAGUUAACUUUUUCUGCAUGGUGCUCCACAUGAUCAGGUUUCAGGGAGCCCUGGCAUGCAGUGAUGAAGGUAUCCGUGGCCCUUAGUGUUGCUAUGGUUUCUGGUAGCUGCCAGUAGCCACUUCAGGAGUAGCAACAGUACCAGAGUAAGUCACAGCUCCUGGGAAAUGCCAUCCCUGGAUCCAGUUUGGUUUCAGGAACAAGGUGAUGGGAGGUGGUGCCAGCCUCAUGUACAGGGCCUCCAUCAAUGUUGAGAGUCACCACAUGGCACCCUAUCACCUCCUGGGAAUUGCGGUGGCUUUGUUUCCCAUGACUGAAAUAGUCUUCCCCUUCCUUUACACACCUCUGUGCAUUCUGGGUGAAAAUGAUUCCAAACCUUCAGAGGCAGCUCUUGCUUUUAAAUACAUGGUGAAAACUGGACUUGGCAAUCUAGUAAACAAUCCUAAAACUGUACUGUUAGAGUUCAAGGUAUCAAUCAGCCCACACUAGCAUUCCCAGGAACUCAGAGACAUUUAUUCAGGGAACUUCCUAAAUUAGAUGUGACUGUUAGAUGAUCAGUUGGGACAUUUUUUUUUAAUCUAUGAAUUUCUAAUAUAGCAUGGUAUUUAUCCACCUCAUUUGAUAACACGUUUUAUAAACAAAUUCUAUUUUAUACAAAACUGCAACUGUUUUCUAAUAAUUUCUACUUCUUUUAUUUCUUGUGCUUUCCAUUUUAACAAUGUCACAGUUGUAAAAUAUGCAGGAAACAAAUGGAAUGCAUUUAUAAUUUGUCAUAAUAAUUGUAUGCAAGCUAAGGUCAAGAUUGUAUUUCUAUGAAGUGAAGAAUGGGACAGUUUUGAAGGGGUCUUAUUUAAAAUUCUUAGCAAUGGGACUUGGGGAAAUGGCUAAGAGCAUGAACUGCUCUUGCAGAGGACUGGACUGGAGUUCAUCCUAACGCCCACUGCCCAGGGCUUGCAAUGCCCUCUUCUGGUCUCUGUGGCCACUGACUAUACUCAUGCACAA